GAGUAGGAUUAAAAAAAAGGUGGUGUGGAGUAUAUAAAAGGGGUGGGUUGGAUAGUAUUUGAAAGCUUUCACGAGAACACUGUCUUGAUUGGAUCCAUACAAAAUCUCUCUCUGUUCCAUUAAUAAACAAAUACACACAGAAGUGAGUGAGUUUUUGAUACACUUGUAAAUUUCUCUUCUUCUAUUAUUUUUUUAUUUAAAGAACAAGAAGAAGAAGCUGGUGCUGCUGCCGGUGCUGCUUUGUCGUUUUGUUUUGCUGGGUUUAACCGGAAUUCACUCAUCAAUUCAGCCUCAUUUUCUGGGAUUCCUUUUCGUUUGCUGUUCCUUUAUUUACCACUCCAAACUUGCGUUCUUGUUUUGCCCAUUUCAGCAGGUUAGAAAAUGUCUAGGCCUCUGCAAAGAGGCAUAUCAGGGAUGCGGAUCUCUGGGAACAGCGAUGAUUUAUGGGAUUCCCAAAUGAAAGAUAAACCAGAAAAGGAAGAGUUGGAUAAGAGCCGUUCUUCGGAUCACAGUUAUUUAGCUCUGAGGUUUCCUUUUCGGAUAUUUUUCCCUGAUAAUCUUUCUCCUUCUAAAUAUGAUAGUACUGAAAAUGGCUUUGCUUCUGAUCCAUUCAGCAUUGGCACUCCAAGAACCAGGCACAAAUUCACUUUGCUCCUUUUGAAGUUGAGCUUAGUUUUCAUCUUAGUCCUUGCUCUUACUGGAUCUUUUUGGUGGACUUUAUCUAUAACAAGUUCAUCAAGAGGUCAAAUUAUUCAUAAUUAUAGGCGCCUUCAAGAGCAGCUUGUUUCCGACUUAUGGGAAAUUGGAGAGUUGUCUCUUGGUUCCCCAAGGUUCAAGGAAUUGGAAUUCUGUCCUCAGGAGUAUGAAAACAAUGUUCCUUGCUACAAUGUUUCAGAAAACGUCGAUGGUAAUGAGAAUGACCGAUUUUGUGGGCAAGUGUCGAAGCAAAGUUGUUUGGCUCUUCCACCAGUAAACUAUAAGAUUCCUCUUCGCUGGCCAACUGGAAGGGAUGUCAUUUGGGUUGCUAAUGUUAAAAUUACUGCACAAGAGGUGCUUUCCUCUGGUAGCCUGACCAAGAGAAUGAUGAUGUUGGACCAAGAGCAGAUUUCCUUUCGUUCAGCCUCUAUGUUUGAUAGCGUUGAAGACUACUCGCAUCAAAUUGCUGAAAUGAUUGGAUUGAGAAAUGAAUCUAACUUUAUACACGCUGGAAUAAGAACCAUUUUGGACAUAGGAUGUGGUUAUGGGAGCUUUGGAGCACAUCUUUUCCAAAAACAGCUUAUAACUAUGUGCAUUGCAAACUAUGAAGCUUCAGGCAGUCAAGUGCAACUCACUCUUGAACGAGGUCUUCCUGCAAUGAUUGGUUCCUUUACUUCCAAACAGUUGCCAUAUCCUUCCCUUUCCUUUGAUAUGCUGCAUUGUGCACGGUGUGGCAUUGAUUGGGACCAAAAAGAUGGUAUUUACUUGAUUGAAGUGGAUAGAGUUUUAAAGCCUGGUGGAUACUUUGUCUGGACUUCACCUCUUACUAAUGCUCGUAACAAAGAGAAUCUGAAAAGGUGGAACUUCAUUCGAGUUUUUGCAGAAAAUCUGUGUUGGGAGAUGUUGUCUCAACAAGAUGAAACUGUCGUAUGGAAAAAGACUGCUAAAAAGGGUUGCUAUAGUUCCAGGAAACCUAGUUCAGGCCCUUCACUCUGCAGUAAAGGCCAAGAUGUUGAAUCUCCUUACUAUCGACCACUGCAAGCAUGCAUAGCUGGAACACAAAGUCGCCGAUGGAUUUCCUUAAAAGAGAGGCGUACUUGGCCUUCUAGGUCUCACUUGAGCAAGAACGAGCUUGCAAUAUAUGGUCUGCAUCCAGAAGAAUACACAGAAGACAGUGAAAGCUGGAAAACUUCAGUCAGUAAUUAUUGGUCACUUUUGUCCCCAUUAAUAUUCUCAGAUCAUCCAAAAAGACCUGGUGAUGAGGAUCCAUCUCCGCCAUAUAACAUGCUCCGAAAUGUGCUUGACAUGAAUUCUCAUUUUGGUGGCUUUAAUUCUGCGCUAUUGGAAGCUGGAAAGUCCGUAUGGGUUAUGAACGUGGUGCCAACAAGUGGACCUAACUACCUACCCAUGAUUCUUGACAGGGGCUUUGUUGGUGUACAGCAUGACUGGUGUGAAGCAUUCCCAACAUACCCAAGAACAUAUGAUUUAGUGCAUGCAUCAGGGCUUUUAUCUCUUGAAGCUAAUCAUCAGCGCAGGUGUACCGUGCUGGACAUCUUUACUGAAAUUGAUCGAUUACUUCGUCCAGAGGGGUGGGUGAUAAUACACGACACAGCUCCACUCAUUGAAUCAGCAAGAGCUCUAACUGCACGGCUGAAGUGGGAAGCACGAGUUAUAGAGUUCGAGAGUAACAGUGACGAGAAGCUCCUGAUCUGCCAGAAACCUUUCUUUAAGAAACAAGCAAGCUGAUCGUGAUUUUCUCAACUGGAGCCUGACAAGUUAGAUCAUAUUGUUCGUAUUGAUUUUGCAAUAUUUAUUAACGAGCCUUAGCUCGAGUCGUUAAAUGGAGGAAUCAAAAAUUUUGAGGAGAAAGAAGAAACCAGAAAACAGAGAAGAAGCAAGAAAGUUUGGAGAAUCAAACCACAGUUCCUAUGAGGCCGUAAGGCAAACAUAGGGCCAUGUAAUUACUUGCCGAGCAAACAACAAGUAUAGAAGCAAAUUUAUUUAUCAAACUUUGGAUGCAUUUGUCAGAUUACAACCAUACACCACAUGACUAAGACUGUGAAGAUGAUUUCAGAAUAAGUUAGUCUUCUUUGAUGUCGUAUAUAAAAAAGAAAGGGAAAAUGCUUGGCAGUUCAUUCUAUGUGAAAGAAUAUUCAUUCAUAUAUUUUUUAUUAAUAUAUUUCAAUUAAUUUCACCA